AUGGCAGCCGUAGGCGGCUCCUCAUCAAUUACUGUCACCGUUCGAGUCCGACCUUUUACAAUUCGAGAGGCAGCACAGCUUCCAAAAUGUGAAGACGGGCCCCUAUUCCUCGGAGAUGGCUCCCUGGCCGGAGCACCAACUCCCAAGCUCAACCAGAAGGGGAUCCGGUCCAUCAUCAAGGUCAUCGAUGACAGAUGCUUAGUCUUCGAUCCUCCGGAAGACAAUCCAGUUCAGAAGUUCUCGAGAAGCGUCGUGCCAAACGGAAAACGCGUCAAGGACCAGACAUUCGCCUUCGAUCGGAUCUUUGACCAAAACGCCACACAGGGUGAGGUUUAUGAAGCGACUACACGAACCCUCCUAGACAGCGUACUUGACGGUUACAAUGCCACGGUUUUUGCUUACGGUGCCACCGGAUGUGGAAAGACGCACACAAUCACCGGCACAGCACAACAGCCCGGUAUCAUCUUCCUUACCAUGCAGGAGUUAUUCGAGCGAAUCGAGGAGCGGUCAGGAGAGAAACACACCGAAGUAUCCCUUUCAUACCUGGAAAUUUACAACGAAACAAUUCGUGAUCUUCUAGUCCCUGGCGGCAGCAAAGGGGGCUUGAUGCUCCGCGAGGAUUCGAAUAAGUCGGUUUCUGUCUCUGGGCUAUCGAGCCACCACCCGCAAAACGUACAGCAGGUGAUGGACAUGAUUAUGCGGGGCAACGAAUGCCGAACAAUGUCGCCAACGGAAGCCAAUGCCACUUCCUCUCGGUCGCAUGCAGUUCUUCAGAUCAAUAUCGCCCAGAAAGAUCGCAACGCGGAUGUCAACGAACCACAUACAAUGGCAACACUGAGCAUCAUUGACCUUGCGGGAAGCGAGCGAGCUAGUGCCACUAAGAACAGGGGCGAGCGGCUACUGGAAGGAGCCAAUAUCAACAAGUCCCUUCUCGCGCUAGGCAGCUGUAUCAACGCCCUCUGCGACCCUCGAAAGCGCAACCACGUUCCUUACCGAAACUCGAAGCUGACUCGUCUUCUGAAAUUCUCCCUGGGCGGCAACUGUAGGACAGUGAUGAUUGUGUGCGUUAGCCCAUCUAGCCAACACUUCGAUGAGACACAAAACACUCUUCGCUACGCAAACCGGGCGAAAAAUAUUCAGACUAAGGUCACGCGAAACGUGUUCAAUGUCAACCGCCAUGUGAAAGAUUUCUUGGUGAAGAUCGAUGAGCAAAUGAACCUGAUCAAUGAGCUCAAAGCUCAGCAGAAGGAAUCUGAAAAAGUGGCCUUCGCAAAGUUCAAGAAGCAGACCGAAAAGAAAGACGCAGCGAUCCGGGAAGGUGUUUCUCGUAUUCGCAAUGCAUAUGAUCACUCGUUGCCAGAAAGGCAAGAGAAGAUCAAUAAUAUGAUCAAAUUGAAGCAGGUAAGCCGCAGGAUCGGCAUUUUGUCUUCAUGGAUUGCUGCUUUCGACGCGGUGUGCGCAAACUCCGAAAACGAGGAACCGUUAUCCAGUCUCCAAGCGAUUCGCAAAACGGCGCAAGGUAUUCUCCUCGAACUGGAGGGUAGUAGACAACAUUAUCACCAGCGACUGGCGAAGAAUAACUGGGACCGAGCUAUGAACUCUGCUGUAGAGAACGCCAUCCGUCAACUCAGAGACUUUGAGAAUAGCGACACUAGCGACUUUGCCAAUUUCGAUCGGGAGGCAGAGCUCCUCCGGUCAAACGCGGAGCGAGAGGCUUUGUCCGCAGUGGCAGAGCAAGACAAGGCAGGCGAGGCAGCAACAAUUCAAGUUCUUCUCCAAGCUCAAUUUGAGGCUAUUGCCUCCAUUGAGCAGACAAUGCACCUGAGCGAGGAGGAGGCAGUGGAAAUGGGCAAAAAGAUUCUUCUGAAGAUGCUCAACUCGUCAGCUAACGUCGCCACCAAUGUCGUGAAACCGGACGGCACACUACUGCCUGCUCAACCACUCAGUCCAUUGAAGCCUAGCUCUCCCAAGCAGAAAAGGAGAUCGAGCGUAGCUCAUUUCCCCGCGGUGAAAGGCUUAGGGGCACCAAUAACAUUUACUCCCGCGGCCCCCGCAUCACCAACGAAGGGAUCCCCACGACGACGUAAAGUGGGUGCCGGAAGGAAGAGUGUCAGUUUCUCGCCGAAGAAGACACAGGCAAAAAUAACGAAGAGGAGUGUCCGCUGGAAGGACGACGAGCAAGAUGGUGCCUUGACGGAGUAUCAAAAGACACCUCAAAAACCAGCCACUGAGACUAUCCCUGAAGAAAGUCCUAGUGAGCCCACACUGCCCCGGACCUCUCCAAUCCCACGCGGAAUUCCUGUGCCCAGCCGAAACAUCAGUCCUUUUGGCUCCUCUCCGGUCCCGCCUCCUUCUAAUGAACCAACGCUGCACGUUCAAAAGAACAAUCGAUUUAAGGCGGGAUUCCUGUCAAAGAAACCCGGCAGCUCGCCCGGGGGGCCGCCUCCAACCUCUACUCUCCCGCUAUCUGACAAUGAGAAUUCACCUUUGCGAGACAUUGAAAACAGCAGUUUCUUGAAUCGAAGCUCUAUCGACCGUCCAUCUCGAAUCGCAGUCCGAACAUCCAGCGGAAGUUACUCCAGCAGCCCACUGUCCGACACCAAGGAUAGCUGGAAGGCCAGCAAGGAUGAUGCCAUUAAGAUCACUUCAGCAAUGAGACGAAUUUCUGGCGGACAAUUUGGCUCCGGUGCCUCUACCAAUUCCCUCCGCAUCCACCGCCGACGAAGUCCGACAUCUGCAACCUAUGGAAGCUCUCCAAGCGAAAACACAAUGUUUACCGCAUCGCAGGCCAGGCGGAUGGUCAAAAGUGAGAAAGAGCUUGAUCCCAAACCUAGGGUUUUGAGUCCUCGAACUCUUCCAAUCAUGAAAAGCACGAGUCAUAGACGAACCACAUUCGGAGGUGACAUUCGGCCCCGAGAUAUCAGUCUUACAAGCAGAGACGCUAUAAGACUUAGUACUAUGGCCGCUCCAAGCAUCGAGCGGCCCCCGGAGACUCUCUACCCUAGCUCUGGAGCAGGAUGGAGGUAG